GAGAGGAGAAACAGAACCGAAGAUACUCCCACUCCCACCAUCAGAUUCUCCAGUCCAGGUCCACCAUCUGCCCGAAUCACCCCACCCCCGGCCCCUGCCGACUCCAGGGCUGUCCGACUGUUCCUCACCGGGUUCUUCUCGAAGGUUCUUCCAAACAGGUUCUGGACAGCUCCAUAAUCCUGGCGGCCGUGGACCUUCAUGCGUCUCUUAACGGCAGAGUCCACUCAUACCUCCACCCACCACACCACCACCUCCACUAUGAGCUGUGAGCAGGAGUUUGGAGACGGGGCCAUGGGGGCCGUAGGGGUCACACUGACACUGCGCCUCCUCAUGCACGGAAAGGAAGUUGGGAGCAUCAUUGGGAAGAAAGGAGAAACUGUGAAGAGAAUACGAGAAGAGAGUAGCGCCAGGAUCAACAUCUCAGAGGGUUCCUGUCCCGAGAGGAUCAUAACCAUCACAGGGCCGACGGACUGCGUGUUCAGAGCCUUCACCAUGAUCACCUUUAAACUGGAGGAGGACCUGUCGGCGCUGGUGGCCAACGGCGCGGUGGCCCUCAAACCUCCGGUCACGCUGCGGUUGGUCGUCCCGGCCAGCCAGUGUGGCUCCCUCAUCGGUAAGGGCGGCUCCAAGAUCAAGGAGAUCAGAGAGACAACAGGUGCGCAGGUGCAGGUGGCAGGUGACCUCCUCCCUAACUCCACAGAGAGGGAGGUGACGGUAUCAGGAGGUCAGGACGCCAUCAUCCAGUGUGUGAAGCUCAUCUGCUCUGUCAUCCUGGAGUCUCCACCGAAGGGAGCGACCAUCCCGUACCGGCCCAGUCCGGGUCCAGGGACCGUGCUGCUGGCAGGAAACCAGGUGUUCGAGGCGUCCGACUUCAGCUCCCACCCUCUGUUCUCGGUGGCGCAGGGAGGAGUGGACCUGCAACAGGCGUACGCGGUCCAGAGUCACUACGGACUCCCACAUUCAGAGCUGGCGAAGCUUCACCAGCUGUCGAUGCAGCAGCAAAGCCUGGCGUCCAUCAGCCAGUCGGCCACACAGGUUCUGCCCGCAGGUGUGGAGGCCGCUUCCCAAACCACGUCUCAGGAGCUCCUCAUUCCAAAUGAUCUGAUUGGCUCCAUCAUCGGGCGCCAGGGCACCAAGAUCAAUGAAAUCCGGCAGGUAUCGGGGGCUCAGAUCAAGAUCGGCAGUCAGCUGGACAGCAGCAGUGACCGACACGUCACCAUCACCGGCACGCCGAUCUCCAUCCACCUGGCUCAGUAUUUAAUCACGUCGUGUUUAGAGACCGCCAAAUCCACCGCCCAGUCCUCCUCCAUGCCGUCUCCCGUUGACCUGACCAUGAGCUUCACCCAGCCCGCCCCCCCUGCCUCGUCCUCCUCCUCCUCCCCCCUGGCAGCGAUGGGUGCCGCGCUGCCCCAUGCUCCAAUCCUGGGCGCUCCCUACGCCUUUCCCCUCUCCAGCCUCCUGGGAGUGAAAUCCAUCCCCUACCUGGCCCUCUCCACCCCUCCCACCUCAGCAGCAGCGGCGGCGGCUGCCGCCGCCAUCGGAGCACCAAUGUUACCCAGCCCGGUGUCGACAGCAACGGUUCCUGUCUCGGCUCACGCGGCGGCUGCCCUAGCCUCCUACACGGCCAAGAUCUCGUCUUCAGCCAACGGAAUGAAGAAGCCAGAGAGGCAGAAGUUUGCUCCGUACUGACGGAGGAGGCCGGCGUCUCCUGGGCCGAGCGUCAAACUGCAGCAACUUUUCUUUUUCACACUCUGAACUCUGUCGUUUCCGUCUUUAUCCUCCUCUUCCUGCUGCUAACAGACAAAACACUGUGGGAUUACUGGAACAUGCAUGGUUUCACAUCAACACCAAUAUAUACAAGAAAAAUUAGCAAAGCUCACAUACAGAGUCACGUUUCAUACAUUUAAUGAGAAAAAUAAAAUAAAGCUGUGGCACUAACUCGGAUUCAGCACCGGUAAAAAUAACUCAAAAAUCAUAGAAAACAUGACAAAUACUUCUGGUUUUUUGCAUCUGGUUUUACUGUGACGUCAUUUAAAAAAUAAACCGAGCAGGCUUCACUACAUAUUUAAACCCCUCCAGCUCACAGCCCGGCUGAUUAAUUUCACUCACAGCAUGAAGGAGCGUUUUAAAAUAUGACAAUCACCAUAAAGCUGCAAUGGUUACACUCAGGGUCAUCGAGUCCGCUUCACACCCCGUCCUCCUGUAAGAGUAAUCCUGGAAAAUGUUUAGAUAAAUGUAGAAAAAGUUAACAUUCCUUCAUAUUCAGACCAAUCGUGUGUUUUUUGGAACACAGCACGUAGAAUUCACUAAAUCUGCAGCUUGGACCGCCGGCCCGCUGGACCUUUGCAGGUCGAAUGUGGGUUCAACCGUUUUAAACACAAAAGUUCAGUUUAUGACUACAGCCCUGUUUUAAUUACCGUACUCUGGAUAUUUUUUAUCAUCUCCACAAAAUUGAACAAAAACGCUGUAAUACCCAAACUGUGACACUAGGUGGCAAAAGAAGGCCCACGUCAGCAGAAAGAACCCUCCGAGCUCAAGAUCCUCC